ACGCCUCCACAUUAGCAAAGGUUGCCGCAAUCUCCGGGACGCGACGCCGCUGCCAGUUCCAGAGUUGUCUUAAGGCCGGAGGAUUUGGCGCUUUCCCCCCCUUUCCCCGCCGCUCGCUCGCCAAGGCGCCUCUGCCUCAUGUUCCGCCAGGCGAUGUUGGGCCCCCUGUCGUCCCGAAUGCUGCCUCUCGUGGCUGCUGUGGCGCUCCAGAAGAAGGAGAGGAAAGAGACUGGCCUCUAUCACUGGCGGCGUGAGAAGCACCCUUACUAUAACCUUACAGUGAAAAUCCUUCGAGCCAGAAACAUUAAAGGAACAGAUCUAUUUUCCAAGGCAGAUUGUUACGUGGAGUUGCGUCUGCCAACUGCAUCGCCAAUUACAUACCGAACUCAGGUUAUUGACAACUCCAGUGACCCAGAGUGGAAUGAAACUUUCCAGUUUAGAAUUAACAGUGCUGUCAAGAACACUCUUGAGUUAACACUUUUUGAUGAAGAUGUUCUUGUUAGUGAUGAACUUACCUCUGUUGUGUUUGAUGUGACGGGAAUUAAGCCAGGCCGUCCUGUGAAAAACACUUUCAAACUAAAAGAGGACAAGGAGGAGCUGGAUGUAGAGUUUUUGCUCCAGAAAAGUUCGGAUACUCCUACUGAAGUUAUCACAAAUGGGGUGCUUGUGGCUCACCCGUGUCUUUGUCUGCAAGGGGUAAUUAAUAAAGAUGAAAAGUUAAAGCUGAGCGAACAUGGAAACAACCAAUUCAAGCUUUCACUUCCAGGAUCAUAUGAGAAGCAGCUAAACAUGCCUUGCAAACCAGAUUCUGAUCAGAAUUGUGGGGUUCCAUUUGUCUUUCAUGUGGGCAAAGAUAUGUGUUCCGAAGUGGGGGUGGAGGUGGAGCAAACCGUUACAAUCCUUCAGGAUGGAGUGAAUCCUGACUUUGAACAGCACAGCACAAUUCUUGGAUCAGGAACUGUUCCGUUUCAUUCUCUUCCUUUGGGAAAGCACACUGAAAUGACUGUUCCGCUAGGAAAAGAACAAAGUGUGGAUCUACAUGUGAAGGCUGAACAAAUCAAAAGAAAUCUUGAUGUUCGUCUUGGUUUUGAUCUUUGUCAAGAAGAGCGGCAAUUCUUGGACAAGAGGAAGAAAAUAGUUUCUCAAACUCUAAGUAAGGCGCUCCAACUGAGAGAAGACCUCAGCAAAGAUGAGGUCCCUGUGGUAGCAGUCUUAGGAUCUGGUGGAGGAAUGAGAGCACUGACAUCAUUCUAUGGUAGUCUAUUUGGGCUUCAGCAGCUAAAUCUUCUGAAUGCUGUCACAUACCUCUCUGGAAUUUCCGGCUCUACUUGGUGUUUGUCAACAUUGUACCAGGACCCUGAGUGGUCACGCAGAGAUCUCAGAGACCAUAUCAGUAAUGCCCAGGAUAAAAUAUCCAGCAGUAAAGUAGGAGCCUUUUCUUCGGAGCGUCUGACGUAUUAUUUCCAGGAACUGAUUGCAAUGGAGAAUGAGGGACGCAAAGCUUCUUUCACAGACCUGUGGGGGCUUAUUAUAGAACAUUUCCUACUGCAGAAGGAAGACCCAUCAAAGCUGUCUGAUCAGCAGGAAGCUGUGAAAGAGGCACAGAAUCCUUACCCCAUCUAUGCAGCUGUUAACGUGAGGCCUAAUAUUAGUGGAGAAGAUUUUGCAGAAUGGUGUGAGUUCACUCCAUAUGAGGUUGGAUUUCGCAAGUAUGGUGCUUUUAUCCGAACAGAAGACUUUGACAGUGAGUUCUUCAUGGGACAGCUGAUUAAGAAACAUCCUGAGCCCAGGAUCUGCUACCUGUUGGGAAUGUGGGGCAGUGCCUUUGCUGCAAGCUUGGAUGAUGUCUUUUUGAAGGUGGUUGGCUCAGGAUUGAGCUUUCUAGAAUCUCUGGGCGAUGUUGUCAAAGUUAUAGAUGACAACAAACGAUUCCAUUUCCGGGAUCCUAUGAGGCUGAAGACUCGUUUGGUUAUACCAGGUGGACCACUGCUGCAAACCUUCCAGGAUUUUUUCAAGUCACGUGUUACAGCUGGGGAAACCUUCAAUUUUAUGCAGGGCUUGUUCCUCCACAGGGAUUAUGUCAACCUUAAUAAAUUUGUGGUCUGGAAAGGCACCCAUCUAGAUGCUUUUCCUAAUCAGUUGACUCCAAUGGAAGAGAGCCUCUACCUAGUGGAUGGCGGUUUUUCUAUCAAUUCUGCCUUUCCAGUGGUUCUUCAGCCAGAAAGAGAUGUUGAUGUCAUCCUGUCAUUCAAUUACUCUUGGGAAGCACCUUUUGAGGUCCUACAACUAACUCAGAAAUACUGCAAAGAACGUGAGAUCCCUUUUCCAGAAAUCAUCUUGAAUAAAGAAGAUGAGGACAGCCCUAAAGAGUGUUAUAUGUUUAUUGAUGCUGAGAAUUCAAGAGCCCCCAUUGUCCUUCACUUCCCUCUGGUUAAUGACACGUUUUACAAAUACAAAGCACCGGGAAAAGAACGUGAAUCAGAAGAAGAGAUAGCCUUUGGUGAUUUUGCUGUAGAAGGAAAAGAUUCAUCAUAUCGAACACUAAACUUCACCUUUGAGCCCUGUGACUUCAAUAGAUUGGUAGAACUGAAUUGCUACAAUGUGCUGAAUAAUAAGGAUGCUAUUUUGGAUGCAUUAAAUUUGGCUUUAAACAGGCGAAAGUUGAAAAAUGAUAAUAGAAGAUAAAGGCUUCCUUGUGUUGCCAGCUUGCUCUCUUCCAGACAGUCACUCAUGGGCUGAUGAGAGUGCAGAGGGCUCUUUACCAUUCCCCAGCACAAAGCCCGCAGCUCAGGAAAACUCCCAAGCCAUGGAGUGACUAUACCUGGGCUAGAGAUAUACUUAAAAAGGAAAGAAAGCUGGGAACGAGUACAUUGCUGCAGGAGAUUUUUAUAAUACUAUAACUAUUGGUGGUUAUUUCUAAACACUUGAAAAAGCCCCCCACUGAGAGAGGAGAAGUGGCUGUCACGGAGGGCUAAGGCAGGGAAAGUGACGUUUGGAUGCUCUGUUGCAAUGAUAGCUACAUGAAGAAUCAUGGACACUGCAGAUACUGUCUUGUAAACCAUUCCAUUUUGAUUCUAGUUAACAGCAAUGAAUUGAUCCCAGAAUAUAUUUGAAAGGACACGUCAUGGCAACAUUGCUGAAUCUAAGCAGGGUUUAGUAUGAAUCUGGUUAGGGCCUGGAUGGGUGACUUCCUAGGAACCCCUCUGUACAUGAUCUUUGAUUCUAUGAGUAAAGAAAGAGGAAUAUAAAUGUAAUAAACAAUAAUUGCUAGCUGGAACACAUUGAAAAAUGAUGGUCCCUCUUAUUUGUUGUUAUUUGUUGUUUUGAGAUUUGUAUCUUUAAAAAAUGCACUGGGAGCAAAUCCCUCUUUAUCCCUAUUAUGUAUGUAACUUUUCCCACCCUUUGCACAUGUUCUUACUCAGGAGACUCUGUAGAGACUAUUUGCAAACUUAUUUUGUAUUUGUUUUUACUUGUGAUAUUUAUAAAUUAAUGAAUGUGAAAUCAGUAUAAUGAAUGUAAGAUGCUGUUUCUGCUGGAUCAUGAGGUGCAUGCACUACACCUUGAAGGAGCCAAUGUUUUCAAGAAGAAACAUUCAUGCUUUUAAAAAAAGUUCUGAGUUUAGGUGAAUGUUGAUGAAUGAGUAGUGGGGUUUGUUUUCUGAAAAGAAAUCACUGUCUGUUGGAAUUAUCAGGGCAGAAAUCUUGACCAUAAGAAACUAAAAGUUAUGUAGUUUUUCAUUGUUUUUAAAAUUUUAAUUUUGUAAAACAAAAAGUAUCAAUUUUCAAAAUAAAUUUUUUUCUAAUUUG